AAUGAUGAUUAUUUAGCUGUAAAUAUGAAAACGUAUCGUACUGCUUGUAGUAUAGGUAAGGUUUUUAGCACAUUAAUUUUUGAUUGAGGCAAAAAUGUGUGUUUCAAGAUGUGAUUCUUUUCUUCCAGGUAUGUGUGUUGAUUUACUCAACUUUCAAGCUGAUGUUAAAUAGAAGUUUUCUGGCAUCUGCUUUUCUUCCUUGUUCAAAAGGGACAUUUCAGUGAGAGUAGAGGUGUUUUUUGGUCCAGUCCCUUGAUUCAAACCUGUUGUCACUUUACAGAACAUAGAAAUCAUUGAAGAGACUUUAAACAGUACUUUGAAAAAUGAAGAGCAAGACCAAUUUCUGUCUUAGUCAACCCUUCUGUGUUUUCAUUUGUUCUGUUACAAUAGUCUCAUUUCACUUUUUGGUGAUACUGCCUUACAUUUUUGUUGUGGGAGGGAGAGGAGAAGGGUGAUCUCCAUGGUAAUCUGGCAUGCAAUUACCAUUAUAAUUUGCAAACUAAAUAUUAUGGUAUAGCACUGUCACAUCAUCAGUUCACCUUUUGAUUAUUAUGGAUUGUAGUUCCUACACACAAAUGUAUUAUGUGUGUAGGAACAGAUCCUGUUCCCUCGCUACUUCCACAUUCUUCUUGGAUGGUGGGACUGCCUGGCUGGGUAGCAUGAAAACAAAUCUGAUUUUUACUUCUUGGCAAUCGUGAGGAAUUAAAUCGCAUCUUUAAUACACUUUUUUAAAACUAAAUUUGCAAAGCCAUUGAAGGUUUUCUCAACCUGUGUGGAAAGAUUCUUAUUGAAAUAAAUGUUUAAUAAUAUUCCCUUUGACAUGAAAUUCAACAAUGCACUUUCUGCAGGUAGCACUGGUUUCAAGUGAUAGUGUCAAAGUCAGAAUUCAAUGAAGGCUGCGUUCAAUCUUCAGUUAAACCCCUUGUGCCCAGCUAUUCCAUUAUAUGCAUGUUACACAAGCAAGGAUUUGGCACAGACAUCCUAUUUCAUGGCUACCAACAGUCUCCACCUUACCACGUUCUGUCUUCAGUAUAAGCCCACAGUGAUAGCAUGUGUGUGCAUUCACUUGGCCUGCAAGUGGUCCAACUGGGAGAUUCCAGUAUCAACUGAUGGGAAACACUGGUGGGAAUACGUAGAUCCUUCAGUUACUCUAGAAUUACUAGAUGAGCUAACACAUGAGUUUCUGCAGAUACUGGAGAAAACACCCAGCAGGCUCAAGAGAAUUAGAAAUUGGAGGGCUAAUCAGGCAGCUAGGAAACCUAAAGGUGAUGGGCAAGUAUCAGAGAACUCUCUUAUUGGUUCAUCUUUGGUCCAGAAUUCCAUUUUGGUGGAUACAGUUGCUGGUGUAGCUGCAAACACAAGUUUCCAAAAACCAUCCACAUCAUUUCCUGCACCAGUACCUCUCACCUCAGGAAGUAUUUCUGUUCCAGACAGUCACGCACCUGAAAGUUUGGCAAUAUUAGCUACAGGAAUGCCAAGUACCUCAUACAGUUUGGCAUCACACCAGGAAUGGCCUCAGCAUCAAGAACAAACAAGGACAGAACAAAUAUACUCUCAAAAGCAGGAGACAUUACCUGCCAGUCAGUACAAUGUGAACUUCCAGCCAGGGACAUCCAUACAGUUGCACUCUGGAGUACAUCACAGACCUGACAAACUUGCUGAUCAUUCUACUGUCAAACAAGAGUAUUCUCAUAAGUCAGGAAACAAACACCACGGACAGGUUGCAGCUCCAGUAAUAAUUCCUCAAAAAAUGUCUUUGGAUAAAUACAGAGAGAAGCGCAAACUAGAAACCCUUGAGCUGGAUGUGAGAGAACACUAUGUAGCAACCCCAAGUGAACAGCAGCAUAAAAAACACACGCAGCCACAGGCAGCCAGCAGUUCUUCUGUCACAUCUCCUAUUAAAAUGAAAAUUCCUCUUGCAAACGCUGAGAAGCCUGAAAAACAUUUGUCUGAUAAGAAAGAAAAGGGUGGCUCGCUCAAGCUCCGCAUACCAAUCCCACCCACAGAAAAGGGUGUCAGUAAGGAGGAGCUGAAAAUGAAAAUUAAAGUUUCUUCCUCUGAAAGGCAUAGCUCAUCGGAUGAGGGCAGUGGGAAAAGUAAACACUCAAGUCCCCAUGUUAGCAAAGAGCAUAAGGAAAAACACAAAGACCACUCUUUGAACCGCCACCACAGCAUUGGCCAUAAGCAUUCCCAUUCUCACAGUGGUGGCAGCAGCAGUAAGCAUAGCACUGAUGGAGUGAUGCCGACUGUCUUGAGGAGUCCUGUUGGCCUGAGUAGCGAUGGCAAUUCCUCAAGUUCCAGCUCUUCGAGAAAGAAGUUGCACAGCAACGAUGCUUCUCACAACCACCACUCCAAAAUGAGCAAAAGUUCCAAAAGUUCAGGUAGUUCAUCUAGUUCUUCCUCUGUUAAGCAGUAUGUAUCCUCUCACAGCUCUGUUUUUAACCUUCCCUUACCCCCUCCUCCCCCUGUCACAUACCAGGUGGGCUACGGACAUCUCAGCACCCUCGUGAAACUGGACAAGAAACCAGUGGAGAACGGUCCUGAUGCCCAUCACCAGUACAGUACAAACAGCCAGCAUAUGGACUACAAAGAUACAUUCGACAUGCUGGAUUCGCUGUUAAGUGCCCAAGGAAUGAACACGUAGUCAAUUCUUAGGUCGUUUUUCUUUACUUUUUUUAAUUUAAGAAUUGUUAGAAUGGAAAACUUCCUAAUAUAGCAGUAGCAACACCAGCUGUUGCUGCCGUGGUUUCAGUAUAUGUAAGUGCUGCUUUAUCCUUCACUCUGAAGAGGUGUAGUAAACAAGUCUUUAUCUCCACAUACGAUAGUGUUAUAAAUACUGUAAUAGCAUGGAAGGUGCAAAACUCAGUAUUUCUACAACUGCAGCUAAGAACAGUAGGAUGAACGUCCGCUUCUAGGUGUAUAGGAUGCCUCAAGUAUUGAUUAUUUAUAAUUUUGAAUACUGCAGCCACAACUUUUUGUUGCAUAGGUUUUGAAUGAGUGUACUUGUUUUCUGGUGUAUUUAUACUGUAUGUAUGAUUUGCAUGUUUCGAAGCUAAAGGGAUGAAAAACAGUAUACUGACAACUGUUUACAAGGAAGUGGAGAAAAAUGUACAUACAUUUUUGUAUGUUUAGAUAUACCAUAAAUACUCAGGAUUGGAGCUGCUUGUAAGUAUAACAAAAUACACAUUAUUUUAUCUUGCCAGAGCCCAUCGGUUAUCCAAACAGAGAUGGCACUUUGUCUUGUUUAUCUUUAAACUGUAGGCCUUAUUGGAAGCCGCUUAAAAGGGACACUUUGCUAGAGAAGGUAUCCAGUAGCUGGUAGGGUCGCCACCAGACAGUAUUACCAGAGAGGCAGGAAACUGGCCACACCUCGGAAAUGUCCCUGGUUUUCUGAAGGAAAAAGGAAUUAAAACUAAAAGUUUACAUAAUCUUUUGAUGUAAAGUGCAUUUAAAUGUUUAUUGGCUUGAUGCAGUAAUAUAGACACAGAGCUGUUAAUAAUGGUUAUGUAGAGUAAUGUGACUUAACUGCAAUUCAGAACUGUCAUUGUGGGGAAAAUAAGCUUUUUUUUCUUUUUUUCAAAAAAAAAAAGUCAUAAUUUAUUCUAAUGGCAAACAGGGGCACUGUUUCCUUUACCACUUCAGAAUAGCACCCAUGUUCCGAAAUCCAAAAAGUGUACUUGUGUGUGAUGCCACAUUUCUUUUACAGGUGAAUGCAGUCUUCGCAGUACAUAAGAAUAAAACUAUUGAUAUCCCAACUUUAUAUUCCAACAAUAAAACAGUUAUCAUUGAUUCUGUGCAUUGUACUUGUCAUUAGUUACCAAAUUGGCAGAUACUUGUUUUGUUUUUUCAGCUUUAUGGGGGUCAAAAAAAAACAGUCUCCCAGUGGAACCACUGGCCUCCAUGUUGUCUGCCUGGAAGGGUCGGUGUGCUCUCUCCAGCGUCUUAUGUUCCUCAGAAGAAAUGACAAGUGUGAAUGUUCUCGUGUUCUCAAAGCCAAUACUACAGCUCAGUUGCCUGGAGAACGGUGAACUGACUUGCUGGGUUGUUCCUCAAACCUAUCCAUAAGCUCUGAAGUACCUCAAUGUGAACUCAGUAUAUAGUAGCAACAGCCAGUUUUCAGUGACUUCUUUUGACUUUGAAGUGACCAGGACAUCAAGUAAACUUUUGCGAAGCCACCUCAUUCCCUUAGUGCUUGUGUAAUUCUGUAAGUCUUGGACAUUAAAUCUGAAGUUAUGUUACCCACACGUGCUUUAAAUGAUAAAACUGUUUGAUAUCUACCCUGUCGGUAGUUGUUGUAUUCUGUAACUACAGGUAUAUCAAUUACUAUGUAAUACUCUGUUUCCAGUAAUGCAAACGCUUGUAAUGACUUGAAUGAGUUUUGUUUGAACUAUGGAUACUUUUUUUACACUUAAGGAAUAUUUAAAUGGAAACCUGAUUGCAUUUUCUGCUAAAUCUUAGCUUAAAUUCUGGCCCAUGUACAAAAUCCAAAGCUGUUUUCUCCCUGUCAACUUGGUUAUUUUUCUACAUUUGGAAUGGAAAUUCUCGUUACAUACUUGUGCAUUGGUGACUAUUUUCUAUCCUUUUCUAGUCUGUUUCCAUUUCAGUGCUACUUUUGGGAUUGAUUUUUAACAAAUGAAACGCGUGUUAUACAGUCCUGAGCUACAGGCAAACAGGUGAAAUAGCAGUAAAUUGUCUUAUGUUUUAUUUGAAGCACUACACUACUUUCUUUUUCAGUCUGUUUCAAUAGUUGUGCCAUGAAAUGCAUCUUACACAGCCACUCUGGAUAAGCAAUAUACUGUACUGUAAAUAGAGCAAUUGCUGUCAUAAUUUGGAGAUGAAAUGUCUGGAUGGUAACUAGUGCCUGUCUAACAAAUUGGAAAAUAGCAUAGGCCUUCAUCCUAAGGUGCUGUUUCAAAUGAAAUAUUUUCAGUUUUGAUUCCAGGAAAUUGUGAAAUAUCACGGAGAAGAUGUUGCUCUGCUACACUGAGAUCCAAAUGGUGGGUUUUGGUUUUUCUGUGAAGGAUGUCCAUAAAACUUGGUGCGUUUGGGUUUCAGUGUAGCUGUAAAUAUGUGAAACUCUAUGUGUCUGUGUCGGAGACUCAGUUUCAGUGUGCUGAGCGCAGGGGCUGAGAGGGUGGGCAAGGACAUGCACCAUGAUGCCACUGCAAAAGUGGAUCAUGUGAGUCACAGGCUGCUGGGCUGGGCCUUAGCCUCCCAAGCGCAUAACUGGGUAAAUGCAAUAAAAGGGUAAUAACACUCGGACUCUGCUCCCCACCGACCACAGGUAGUUUUUGUUACAAAUUUGAGUCUGUGCAUUAUGUGAUUUGUAAACUGACACUGUAGUUGGAGACCUCACUACAACACUAUUAAAAAUCUUCCCUUUUUGUGAGAAAUGGGGUUUUUAGAAUAGUGAGAUUCUUCCGUAUGUUGAACCUUAAUCUGUUCCUGAUGGUGGGAGUGCUGAAGUAAUGUAUCUCACUGUGAUCUGGUACUGCAGUAUUUGCAUACAAUGGCAGUUCUGUAUAUUCUUUUGGCUAACUGUAAAUGUUUCAUAUUAGCAUAGUUGAAUUUUUGAGGUACAGCUGUUUGUGUGAGAUUAGAAAAAGCAACUUUAUUUCUAAGAACUGUAAAAAGAAAAAAAAAGUAUUUUCAAUAAAAUUCCCUACCUCA